GGCGGGAGCGCGCUCCGGGCUGGCCAUGGGCAGCGCGGCCGCGCCGCUGCGGGUGCUGCUGGACAUGGACGGGGUCCUGGCCGACUUCGAGGGCGCCGUGCUGCGGGAGUUCCGCGCCCGCUUCCCCGCGGAGCCGCGCGUGGAGCUGGAGCAGCGCCGCGGCUUCUCGGUGCGGGAGCAGUACCGCAGCCUGCGGGAGGACCUGGCGGCCAAGGUAGCCAGUGUCUAUGAGUCGCCUGGCUUCUUCCUAAGCUUGGAUCCAAUUCCAGGAGCCCUAGAAGCUGUGCAGGAGAUGUUCCACAUGCAGGAUACUGAGGUCUUCAUUUGCACGAGCCCUCUCCGGAAUUACGAGCACUGCGUCGUGGAAAAGUAUAAGUGGGUAGAGAAACACUUGGGACCCGAGUUUGUGGAGCGGAUUAUUCUGACCCGAGACAAGACCGUGGUGGCUGCUGACCUGCUGUUUGAUGACAAGGACACCAUCCAAGGCGCGGAGCCGAAGCCGAGCUGGGAGCACAUCCUGUUCACCUGCUGCCACAACCGGCACCUCCAGCUGCCGGCCCCGCGCCGGCGCCUGCGCUCCUGGGCCGACGACUGGAAGGCCAUCCUGGAAAGCAAGCGCAGGCAGUAAUCCAGGGAGGGGAUGCUGUGCUCUUCCCACUGCCAGGAAACAACCAGCCCAUCCCCUGCCAUGCCCAGGAGGCACUGUCACUGCAGGGAUCAACUGAGCUGCUCCUGUCAGACACAGCGCUCUGGGUUUCUGGAAGACUGCUCUACACUUUUAAUCUCUGUAGUGUUUUGGAUGUUUGCUGUUGGAGAAGAGAAACUAUAAACUACAAGCAGCUGUGGUUGGA